AUGAAAUCCCAUGGCAAUAUAUGGUACCAAAAAAAAAACCCCCCAUUCCUCUGCCCCACCGAACCUGAAAAGAAAGAAUUAAACCACAUAUUGAAAAUCUUAUGCACGCCCUACCGUCGACAUCUAUCUUCAUUCCCCACACUAAACCCAAACCCAUACAUAUAUCUACCCCAAUCCCCUCACCAUCCCACUCCCACUCCAACUCCAAUUCCAACUCCCUCCUUCCCUUCCCACCUCGUCUCACCACACAACACAACCUUAUACACACCACCACCUCCUCCCCCAUAUCCUCAUAAUAGAAACGAGAACGAUAAAAUGCCCUCCCUCCUCGAAGACCCCACCACCUCCAUCCCCCCUCCCCUCCCCAACCCAUCCCACCUCCCCCCAAUCCAGCGCACCCUCCGCGACAACACCCGCAUCACUCUCUACCCCAUAACCACGGGGCCCGACAGCCUCCCCUCCUCUCUCCUCCACUACCUACACAGGGAAUUCUCCGAAGAGAUUCUCAAGGGAUGUACCUAUCCCAUGGAAUCGCCCCUCGAGUAUGACCUCUACCGGACGUAUUGGUUUGGGACGUUUGCAGUGGUAGCUGUUGUCGAUGAUGACGAGAGCGGAAAUGGGUUGAGGGAGGGCAGGGAUUGGGAGAGGGUUUGUCUGGGGACGUUUUAUGUGAAGCCGAAUUAUCCGGGACGCUGCUCGCAUGUUUGUAAUGCCGGGUUCUUUACCACGCCGGCGGCCAGGAAUCGUGGUGUUGGGAGGGUUAUGGGUGAGGCUUAUUUGGAGGUGGCGCCGAAACUGGGAUAUAAAUACUCCGUGUUUAAUCUCGUCUUUGAGAAUAAUGUUGCUUCGGUCAAGAUCUGGGAGAAUCUGGGAUUUCAGGUUAUUGGUCGUGUGCCGGGUGCUGCGCGUCUGGCGAAUAGUCCUGAUCUCGUUGAUGCGCUUAUCAUUGGGAAAUCCUUGGUAUAA